GAGUAGCGAGAAAGAGCGAGAGUUUGGCGAUUUAGCGGGAAAAUAACCACAUUGUUGCCGGCUGCAGCGAUGACGGUCGACACAAACAAGGAUAAUUCCAAAGCCGCUAUGGCCUUGGAACCACCUGAACGUUUGUUUAAGGAUGUUACCUAUUAUAUUGUCGGCAACAUCAGCGAAGAGGUUCAAAGAAUUCUGAAUGCUGGUGGUGCCAAAAAGGAUACGUAUCUCAGUGAGAUGGUUAGCCAUGUCAUUGCUGAUGAUGUUGACAAUGAUGAAUAUUCAGAAGCGAGAGAAUUGUUUGAAUUACCUGUUGUCACUAGCAGCUGGGUCCUUUUGUCUGUGAAAGCAGGAAAACAAUUAGCUAAAGACAGGUUUGCUCCUGAAGACCUUGUUUUCUCCGGUAUUGUUGCCUGCUUUUCACAGGUUGGUGAAGAAGACAUGAAACAAAUCUGGCCAGCUGUUGUCUACAAUGGAGGAUAUAUCCAGCGUAAAUUAGAUAAUCGGUGCACUCAUCUGAUAACACCAGCCACUGCUGGGGUGAAAUAUGACACGGCCAUGAAAUAUCCCAGUAAAAUUAAAAUUGUCAGUCCAGACUGGAUUACGGAUUCACUGUCAAAGCAGGCCAAGCAAGAUGAGGUCAUCUAUCACCCUCGGCUUCUUGUCUACCCAAAGCCUGAACCCCCACCUCCUCCUCCUCCGCCGCCACCACCCCCACCCGUUAUCCCCGAUCAUCCAGAGCAUACGGAUACUAUACCAACUGUGGUUACGCCUCCUUUGCAUUCACCUAUGCCCCAUCUAGGGCCGCAGCAGCAGCAGCUCACGCCAUCGAUGCCUGCACAUUUCUUUGAAGAGAAAUCAACAGCGCAACAGCAGUUGCAGCGCCUACAACAGCAGCAUCAGAUGCAACAACAGCUGCAUUUGCAGCAACAACAAUCACAUUUACAGCAGCAACAGCAACAACAGCAACAGCAGUUAUUGCUGCAACAGUCUGGAUCUGUUCCUCUUACUCAUGCUCUAACACGAACAGAACCUUCCACAGCGAAAUCAACUGGCAGCCAGCGCCAAACCAUUGCUCAGAUUCUUAGCCAAGAGAAUCAGAAAGAACUGCUGGCAUCUUUAGUGCCCAAAAGCAUCGCUACCGCAAGUAAUAAUAAAAGUCCUACUGGCGCAGUUCCUACUGUGACACCUAGCACCAGUGCAAGCACUCCUACUGCAAACACGAGCACUAGCUGGGAUUCUACUGCUCAAGCAACCAAAUUGAAUGGGUCCCGUCCCGGGACACCAUCUGCAAAGUUGGCUCUAGCCAGAAUGGUAAACAGUCGCCUACAAGCAGGGGCCAACCAUCAUAGGGCAGUUACACCAAACAACCGACCUGUUGCCGGACAGACAAUGGCAACGAAACUUACUGGUUCUGUUGAAAGUGCAAACAAUAUGCAAUCGGCCCCCUGCAGUACUGUCACAAGCCCCAUUCCGUCCACUGCUAUGCCAUCUACCUGUAGGAAGACGCUACAAAACAUAACAAAUAGCAUUGAUACACAGCCAUCUGUAUCACCAAGACCAAGCAUGAGUAAAAUCAGCCAAAUGUUAGGGCUGAAUGUUCUACCUCGUAUGCCAGCCUAUGGUACCCCACAAGUGGCUCAAACUAACCAAGCUUCUGCUACUCCCCAGUAUUGGGGUCAUGACCCAGGAGAUAAGAUUACUGCAGAUCUCCCUUUGUUAGGAUGUGUCUUUUAUAUCACAGAUUAUCAUAAAAUACUGGGAUCUGAACCAGUUGGAAUUUGGAAACAAAUUAUUGAACAGCGGGGUGGCCAAGUUGACAAUUCCUACUCCAAUCGUAUCACUCAUGUUUUAUGUGCCAGUCAGCAGAGUGAUGUUUUCCAUUUGGCUCUCCGAGAUCAGAAGAGAGUUGUAACUGCAUACUGGUUAAAUGAUGUUUUAGUUAAAAAGAAAAUGUUCCCUCCUUGUCAAGUGAUGCAUUUACCUAUCAUUUAUGGUGAUAAGAAACCUUGCAGUAACCAAAUCAUUACUUUGACCAACUUUGAUGGAGAAGAGCGACAGCGGGUGAAGCAGAUGAUCCAUGCCAUUGGCGCCAAGUACACCGGUUACUUAACACAUUGUAAUUCUGUAUUGAUUUGUAAAAAGCCUGAAGGAUUGAAGUUUGAGAAAGCAAAAGAAUGGCGAGUGUCAGUUGUAAAUCCUCAGUGGUUGAUAGAUUUGGUGUUGGGUGAUCUUGAUGCACUAAGACUCCCUGUGCCCUCCAAAUAUCUUCAGUUAAAUCUAUCAGACCCUUUCAAAUUAGAUCUUAACAGAGUAUCUCAUCUUAUGGUCGGUUGGUGUACCCCACUUAAAAUAUCUCGAGAUGUUUGGAAGAAAUUUACUUCUGUCCCCAAAAGGAAUGUGAUUUCUCAUGAGAACACUAUUGAAGAUGAAUUAUCUAAUUCUCUUUCAUCCGAUAUUGAUGCACCUGCCAAAAAGAAAGCAAGGUUAAUGAAUGAAGCUGUAUCUGUGACUACAAACCCCAAAAUAUUGUUUACUGGUUUUGGGAAUAAUACUGUGAGAAGGUUCCGUGGGAUGGUGGAGAAGUUAGGUGGCUGUGUUACUGAUAAUCCACGCCAAUGUACUCACCUGGUUGCUAAGUCCCUAUGUAGAACUGUGAAAUUCUUUAUAGCAAUUAAUGUAUGUAAAUAUAUUGUGAACAAAGACUGGCUUGAAGACAGCAUUACCAAAGAUAAAUUCCUUGAUGAAGAACUCUAUGUACUGAAAGAUGGAGAGGCUGAAAAAGCUUUGCAGUGUGACCUGACAUUUUCUUUGCAAAGAGCCAGGACUCGUCCUCUAUUCAAGGGUUUUAUAUUUUACAUUACACCAAGUGUUGUGCCUUCUCCCAAAGACCUUCAGGCUAUUAUUGAAAGUGCUGGUGGCAGCGUUAUUAAGCGGCGCCUCUCAGCUAAGCAAAUUGCAUCGUUGCGGGAUGACAAGGGAAAUCCUACAUUUAUUGUGAUUACAUGCCCCAAUGAUGUGCAUUUGUGCCGGGACCUUAUGGCUCGUCGACUUGCUGUCUUCAAUUCAGAAUUCGUCCUAACUGGUGUCUUGCGACAAGAGAUAGAUUUCGAACUAUUCCAACUUCCAGCAUCAGAUUUAAUUCGGCAAGUAUAGGGGACCAAAUUGAAAACUUGUGUGUUUAGGGGUUAUGUAACAUACUCCUAUUCAGAGGCUUGGGUUCUUUUGACUGGAUUUAUAUACAGGCUACAAUCUGUAAAUUUAACUAUACUUUUAAAAACUGUUUUUUUUUAAUUGAAAGUUACUCAUACACUCGCAUUCACACAUUCUUAUAAAAACAAAGUUUCAUAUACAUGGAUACACACUCACAAAAAUGCAACUUUUAAUCUUGUUGCUCUCCUCAUUUCGACCGCAAGCAUAUAUAACCACUUAUGCAUACACAUACACACCAUUUCUCAUUUCCAUUCAUAUGUGCAUGCAUACAUUCAAUCACGUUCAUUGGCAAACACCUUUACUAUCGCUCCUUUGCAUAUAUAUGCAUGCACACUCAUUUGAUUACAUAUUUUCAUACUCACACACAAACACACUUUUUAUCACCAGUUCAUGUGUAAACAUUUCUUUGAUGACAUAUAUCAAUAAAAAAAAUACGUAUUUUAGUGCAUGCCUACUUACUCAGAUGCAACAAAUAUACACACUUAGAGUUUAUUUAUUUUUCACUUUGGUAUAUCAUCUUGAGUGUCUGUCACAGUCUUUUUAAUGUGAUUACUUCUCAAAAGAUUCCCUUCUAUAUAUAUAUAUCUAUAUAUCUGUGUUUGUGUAUGUGUAUAUAUAUAUAUAUAUAUAUAUAUAUGCAUACACACA